CCCAUUAACUCCUGUUUAUACAUUUGAAAAGCCGUAGUCAAGAGGUUCCUAAAUUCGUUCAUAUAACCUCAGCAUAUGCAUUUUAGGUUCUUAAAAAUGCAUGAACUUGACAUUGCAUUGAUCGUAAAUUUUUAUCCAUAGUUUGUUAUUGUAAUCCUAUGAACUAUGGACCCAAAAACAUCUAGUAAAUGUGUUCCAAUUAUUAGUUAUUUUAUUGAAUUAGACAACUUAUUAUUAGUAACAGUCCGUGAUUUCUUGUGAUGUUGAAAUUAUGUAGUUAGAAAAGAUUACCACCAUGGACUUUGACGAUAUGUUAGAAGAAUUAGGCGAGUUGGGGAAAUACCAAAUCACAACGUACCUUUUAGUCUGUCUUCCCGUAUUUUUCGCAGCGGCCAAUAGUCUCAGUUACGUGUUUACGGCAGGAAUACCAAAUUACAGGUGUUUUAUCCCCGAGUGCGAAGAUGCAGAAAAUGCAACUUACGAAGUCCCUUGGAUCGACUUUGCCAUACCUGGAGGCGACUCUAGGGAAAUAUUGGAUUCGAAAUCCCACCUCUGUGAUAGGUUUACCGUAAAUGAAACAGUCGCGAAUUACACUUAUUGUUCGAGAGAUUUGUUUACAAAUGUGACUGAAACGUGCAACGAAUGGGUGUUUGAUAGCGAGGAGCGGACAAUCGUAAAUGAUUGGAACUUGACUUGUGUGGAAAAUCAAUGGAAACUCUCCUUUGUGGGCACGAGUCAUUUCGCGGGGAUUAUCGUGGGAUCGGGAUUAUUUGGGAUUUUGGCCGACAGGUAUGGACGCAAAAGAAUAUUUAUCAUCUGUAUCCUGAUCAUGAGCGUGUCAGGAUGUGCCCAAGUUGUCUCACCCGAAUACAUAACUUUCGUGAUAUUAAUGUUUGUGAAUGCGAUGGGCACGGCUGGAGUCUACCCUUUGGCUUUCAUUAUCGGGGUCGAAUUGGUUGGCAAAAGGAAGCGAGAAAUAACCGGAAUCGUAUUAAACUAUUUCUACGCUGUUGGUGAGGCUGUUGUUGCCCUUGUCGCGUGGUACACCAAAGACUGGGUUUUAUUACAACUCAUAGUUUCUAGUCCGUCUAUUUUAUUUUUCAUAUAUUACUGGUUUAUACCAGAAUCCGUGCGGUGGCUGCUAGCCAACGAAAAACGCGAAAAGGCCAAAGGCAUCGUUUGCAAAGCGGCGAAAGUAAACAACGUCACUUUAUCCGAGUCUUUACUGGCCUCAUUCAAGAAAGACGCAGCCUCGAAUAGCGACAGUGGCCAAGAUGAAGGAACAAAAAUUUUAUUCGUAUUGAAAACGAUCCUAAAAUCGCGUAAACUCGUGGUCAGAAUGCUGAUCACGUAUUUCAUUUGGUCUGUGAACGCAUUUGUAUUCUACGGACUGUCGGUGAAUUCGACCAGCAUGAGCGGGAACAAAUACAUCAAUUUUGCGUUAGUGAGCUUGGUUGAAAUUCCCGGUUAUACAAUUGCUUGGGUCAGUAUUCAAAAAAUCGGGCGCCGGUUGUCCCUUGUUGGGUCUUUACUUUUGUGUGGUUUGACUUGUACUUUGACUAUUUUCGUACCUUCCGAAAUGACUUGGGCGGUUAUUCUGCUAUUUCUCAUUGGGAAACUGGGGAUCACAGCUGCGUUUGGUGUCGUUUACGUCCACACAGCCGAAAUGUUGCCAACAGUGGUGCGGAGCGGGGGAGUGGGAUCUGCGUCGACUAUGGCCCGAUUUGGGGCGCUUUUAGCCCCCUUUGUCCCUCUUCUGGGAAUUUAUGUCAAACCGUUGCCGAUGCUACUGUUCGGGGGGGUUGCAGUGCUGGCGGGAAUCUUGGCGUUGAAGUUACCUGAAACUUUGGGAAAUAAAUUACCUGAAAGUGUAGAAGAGGCUGAAAAUUUGUAAAUAAAGUGAUUUUUU